GUGAGACAUUGCUCGCAGCUGGGUGGCUCAGACACCAUGAUGAUGAUGAUGCGUACUCUUCCAGGCGUGACUUCCUCUGCCAUCGAGCACGUGUCUUGUCAGAGCAACCCCUCCAGCCCAACGAUCGCUCGAGCCCAAUAUGGACUCCCACGCUCCCAGGCUUCCAGGCUGCAUGCUGUGUCAAACAGCACCUCGCUGAAGAUAACGCUGACCUGCAACAAGCUGAGCUUCAAUCCGUUCCUGGCUGGUGAGUUGCUUGGGUUGAGCUCCUGUGUGAAAAUUGGUCCAGCCGUGAGGAGGGCCCCAGUUCACAAAAUCUGUGCACAAGCUGCGGAUGCCAGUGCCUCUGAUGCAUACCCGGAAGGAUCAGUCAAGGCUGGCGAUGUGGAGGUUCCGAAGCCCGCAAUGGGGAGAGUGAAAAUUGGUAUCUACUUCGCGACUUGGUGGGCAUUGAAUGUGGUGUUCAACAUCUACAACAAGAAGGUGCUGAACGCGUAUCCGUUCCCGUGGUUGACAUCCACGCUGUCCCUUGCCGCGGGUUCAGCGAUCAUGCUGAUUUCAUGGGCCCUGCGGAUCGUGCCGGCACCAGACGUAGACGCGGAGUUCUGGAAGGGACUUUUUCCGGUGGCAUUGGCGCACACGAUUGGACACGUGGCAGCGACUGUGAGUAUGUCCAAGGUCGCAGUAUCCUUCACGCACAUCAUCAAGAGCGCAGAACCCGCGUUCAGCGUGGUGAUCCAGAGAUUGUUCCUGGGGGAGAACUUUCCGUUGCCUGUAUACUUGUCUUUGCUGCCCAUUGUUGGCGGUUGUGGUUUGGCUGCUGCUACAGAACUGAACUUCAACAUGACAGGAUUUGUGGGGGCCAUGGUUUCGAAUAUUGCGUUUGUGUUCCGCAACAUCUUCUCGAAAAAGGGAAUGACAACGGGCAAGAGUGUUGGUGGGAUGAACUACUACGCAUGCCUGAGCAUGAUGUCGCUUGUGCUGUUGACGCCUUUCGCAGUUGCCGUGGAAGGCCCGAAGGCUUGGAUGGCGGGAUGGGAUGUUGCGAAUGCGACUGUUGGGCCACAGAUUUUCUGGUGGGUGGUGGCGCAGAGUGUAUUCUACCACUUGUACAACCAGGUGUCAUACAUGUCGCUGAACGAGAUUUCGCCACUGACCUUCAGCAUUGGCAACACCAUGAAGCGUGUGACGGUGAUUGUGUCGUCCAUCAUCAUUUUCCACACACAAGUGCGACCAGUGAACGCCGUUGGUGCUGCCAUUGCCAUCCUCGGAACAUUUUUGUACUCGCAGGCCAAGCAAUAAGUGUUGGAGCUCUGCGAGGCCCGGAUUGCGCAAACCUGUACUGUGAUUGAUUAGGCUUGUGUCAGAAGUGUAGGAGAGAUGUCGGACAUGAGAAUCUGCUUGCGAUAACUUUAUUUAAGAAGUUGUGCAAGCUGGGAUCGAGUGUGGCUGCACAAGGAUGUGGUUAUGAGGUUAUUCACGUGUUCCACAAAUCUGCACAUUGAUGAAUAAUUCGCAGGGCAAACAACCCAGUCUUGUAACACCA